AAAGUAAAAUUUUCAAAUCUCGGAGUGACAAAUUGACGAAGACAUUGACUUUUACUAUAUAAACUAAAAAACCCUACGCAACCACACAACACCCCUCAUCUUUUGUCUCGACAUCUAGACUCACCACUAUACACAGCUGACGGCGUGCUAGUCGAAACUCCGCACCCUUUGCUCUCUACCAUGGCACCCAAAGCCAAAUCUAGGUUAGUUGAUCAGCCUCCUUCUGCUUCCUCGUCUGAAGAAGAACAAGUAGAAGAAUCCCAAGAAGAAGAAGAACAAGAAGAACAAUCUGAGGAAGGACAAGAAGAAGAGUCUGGUGAAGAAACUGAAGAAGAUGAACCACCCAAGAAACCCAUUACCCAAAAAUCACUUCAAACCCAACCAAAACCAGUUCAUUCUUCUUCUGAGUCCGGAACUGAAAAUCGGUCAGGAUCCGAAUCCCAAACCGAUUCGGGUCAUUCGGGUCAGUCGUUGCCUUCUCCUUCUGCAUCAGACUUUACCGUCAAGCCGAGUGUUCCUGUAAAAGCUGCUGUCCCAUCAAAAGAACCAGCAAAAAGGCCGCCACCACAAGAACAGGCCCAGAAAGAGUCAAAAGAUUCAAGAAAGAAGAAGCCCAAGAUUGCUGAAGAAGAGGAGAAGAAAGCAUCUGCGACGCCUCGUAGCCUAUGGAGUGAGGACGAUCAGGUUGCUAUACUCAAAGGUAUGGUUGAAUACAAGCAGGAAAAAGGUACCGAACCAAAUGCUGAUAUGUCUGCUUUUUAUGAGUUUAUUAGAGGGAAGUUACAGGCUGAUGUUUCCAAGAGUCAAUUGAGUGAUAAGAUUAGGAGGUUAAAGAAGAAAUUUAUGACUAGUGUGAAGGAUGGGGAGCAACCAGGUUUCUCCAAGACUCAAGAUUGGUUAGUUUAUGAGUAUUCAAAUCAGAUUUGGGGUGCCCCUAGUAAUAAUAUAGUUAAGGAGAAUGUUAGCAGUAGUGCUAAUGGUAAAGCGAAAAAGGCGGCGGCUGAUGCGGUUAAAAAGAUUGCUGAACCUAAGAAAAGUAGUAAAGUUAGUACCUUGAACAAAGCAAAAGAUAAUGAGAAACGUGAGGACGAAGAGAAAGAGAAAAAGGUUGCUGCAAUAGAGGUGGUUAAGGAGGAUAUUGUUAACGAUGAUAAACAGGAUUUUCAGUCUAAGUAUCCGCGUUUGGCUGCUUCAUUUGAAAGUUUGGGUGGGAUGUCGAUGAUUUAUCCAAAUGGUACGAGUUGGUUGAAGGAGAAGAUGAGUUCAAUUGCUAGUGACAAGGCUAAAGUGUUGGAGGAGAAGUGGAAGAAGCUGGAUGAUGCUGAAGCUGCUUUAAUUCUGAAGCGCUUGGAUUUGAUUAGGGAGCAUUGCGGAUUGGUGGUUGAUGGAACAAGAGCUCCAUUCGUUGUUGGUGGAAGGGAAGUUGCUUUGCUGAGACUUUUACUUCAGCCUGCUGGAUUUGGAUAUUUACUGUUGCACGUUUAGCUUGUAUACUUUGUUUCUUUGUGCUGCUGUAUAUUACUAUUUUGGGGUUUGCGUGGUGCUUUUGCACCUAUGUCGCUCAAGACUCUCAAAAUUGUGCUGCUGCUGUGUUGAUCCCUUCAAGAAUGCACUACUGAAGGAUCCAAUAUGCACUUAUCGACAUUUUUGGAGAGUCCGAGCAACAUUGUUCUGCACAACUUGUACGAUUCGUUGGAAAUCAUCAUCCGUUCCGUUGAAAAUGAUCAUUUUCUGUUAAAUACAAUCAGUGUGGUCUUAGACGCUUGGUCAUAACAGUAUCUCUAGGAGAGACUAAUAGAUAUCUCUUGAAAUCUAUUAGUAUCAAUGUAUCAUACACUCAGUUCCAUCUUGAUGAAAAUUGGUAAAGUUGAUCUG